GUGAUCCACCCUCCCCAACGCGAAGUCUUGGCGGGAUAGGUUGGAACUUCAGAACCCAUAUGUGGGUUAUAUAUAUGAAGAGUACGUUUUCCUCGCCUGUGAUCGCCCCACUGCGUAAUGCUUUCAGGCCACAGUAGUCCUCCUCAGUUUUAGGGCAAUCCAUACGCAUGACGGCUCAUAAAAAUAACAGUCGACCUGAAAGAGGCGCCAUGAGCAUCGCUCCUGACUUAAAACUGGCCGAUAAUAGAUGGUUCUCCAAUAGAUAGACACAUAUGAACCGAGAUAUAAUUACAGAUUUUCUGAUGAGAGUUUUUCCUUUCCAAUGGGGGCCAAUGCCCAAUAUGUGCUCGUCUACUCCCCUGAUGGCUACGUGUCGGCACAGAUCAGGACCCGGGCGGAUGCCGAGGGACAUUCAACGGGCCCUAAUGGCAGUCUCAACGAGCAGAUGAAACACUAUAUAGCAUAUGCCGGCCAAUUCGAAUGUAUACGCACUGUGGAUACAUUCCGAGUGCGUCAUCUACCCGAGGUGUCUUCAUUUCCAUAUUGAGCUGGCAAGGUCCAGGAGCGGCG